AUGAUCGUCUCCCGUCCCCUCAGCCCCUCCGAGCACUUCUACCGGUCUAGAAACUCCAGCGGCUUCUAUAAGUCCUUCCAGGUCACGGCUACCUACACCAAUCCCAUUCCACAGCCUCUACUCAGUAGGGCUCUCCGCAAAACCGUCUUGGACUACCACCUUUUGGUGUGCAACGUCGUCCCCAAGAAUGACGACCACUGGUACGUGCCUCUUCCUCGAGUUCUUUUGGAGGACUUGCUCGAGUGCCAUAGUCUGGAGGAGUUUCUUACGGACGGAGUGAUCAAUGAAAGAUUCAUGAAGUACGCCAACGAAUUCUCGUUUCGGUUCAGCGACAACAAGCCGUUGUUCCGGGUCCUUCAGCUCGGUGACAGGAACUUGUCGGUGAUUUUUGAGCACACAAUUGCAGAUGGACUCGUGGGCAACUAUUUCCACGAGAUUUUGGUGGAAAACUUGGCCCUUGUGGAGGAAAAGGCUAGCGACGACACGUUUUUAAGCGCGUACGGGCCCUUCGACGAUCUGGGAAUGAAGUCAGUGAUUUUCGACUGCGAAAGAGACUACAAUUUGAUCAAGAACUCGCUUCAUCCUCCCAUAGACGACUUCGUGCCUUUGCCACGCCCCAGCGUGGUCACUCCAGUCAACUCAGCCUUGCCAAUGUGGCCUGGAAGGUUUCCAUGCUCCAGAGAUAACGUUCUAGCCUUCAAAUUGAUCAAUAUCGAUGCUCAACAGGCCAGGUUGAUUUUGGCCAAAUGCAAGGCCAACAAGGUCACCUUGACAGCAUACAUAGAAGCAGUCAUUGUCUAUUCCAUGCAGCCUAUCUACGGCAAAAAUCACUACUCCACCUGCAAGCUUCCCAUCGCUUUGAGACGGUUCAUCGAUCCAGCCAAAACUGAUCCCCAGUAUCACGAUAUCUUGAACAACCCCAAGUACAAGAUCUUGGGCACGUCUGCCCACGGAGGCAUUGCUGAAGUGUUCGAGCCUCUUUCAGAGUUUUCAUGGGAGCUUGUGCAGAGAAUUGGUGCAAAUUUGGCCAAAAACGUCCAGAAUAAAGAGCUCAUGAAUGCGUUUUUUGCCUUCACAACUCCCGAGCUGGCUAUCGGGAACAGCCCUGAGUUCUUCGAGGCACAGAUGCGUCCUACCACCCAAGACACGAUGAAGUUCUCCAACUUGGGACUUAUAGAUGUGCCUAUGUAUAAUAGCUGGAGCAUCACCAAUAUGGUAUUUUCACAGGAUGUCUCACCACCAGCUGCGGAUUUCAUGUUGAAUCUGGUCUCAACCAAAGUUGGGGGCCUCAACUUUGUAUUCAGCUACGCAGAUAACAAGUUCGAGGAAGGUAGAGAGAAUUUCGACGACAUUUUGACUGCCUUUAGAGAGAACCUUAUUAAGUUUGCCCAGUAA